CCCACCAUCUACAGCAGGGGUGGGUGGAGGUCGGUUAUAAACGCCUUAGACUAUCAGCAGCAAAAUACUGGAUUGCUUUUCUUUUUUUUUCCCUUGUGAAAAACUCAUAUCAACUGCACAUCAGCUGCACAUCAGGUUCAGUGUUUGAAGGAAAUGUCUAAGCUGUUCCGAGCCGUGAUCUUGGGUCCACCGGGCUCGGGGAAAGGCACCAUCUCGGAGCGGGUGGCGAACAGUUUCGGCCUGAAACAUCUGUCCAGCGGUGAUUUCCUGCGCGAGAACAUCGCGGCGAAAACGGAGGCUGGAGUUUUGGCUAAAACCUACAUAGAGAAAGGUGCUUUGGUACCAGACCAUGUGAUGACCCGCUUGAUGCUGCCCCGGCUAGAAGAGAUGACCCGCCACAGCUGGCUGUUGGAUGGUUUUCCCCGGACCCUAGCCCAGGCUGAGGCUCUGAACAGUGCCUGUGAGCUUGACGUGGUCAUUAGUCUUAACAUCCCUCUAGAGACGCUGAAGGAAAGACUGCGCCAUCGCUGGAUCCACCCGGCCAGCGGGAGGGUGUACAACAUGCGCUUUAAUCCUCCCCGUGUCCAGGGAGUGGACGAUAUCAGUGGAGAGCCACUGAUCCAACAUGAAGAUGAUAGACCAGAGGCUCUGGUUGCCAGACUGAGGCACUACAAAGAUGUGGCAAAGCCUGUCAUAGAUUUAUACAGGGCCAAAGGCAUCCUGCACAUGUUUUCGGACACAGAGACGGACCGGAUCUGGCCUUACGUCAGCUCGCUUCUGAGUACUAAGAUCCCGACAGACCUAGGAGAUGCUCAAAGGGUCAGAACCCACUGAGGGAAACCGCUGAUAUGCUUAACGGUUAAUUCUACACAUCGGUAUAGCAGUCAUCACUUCAUGACAAUGUUCAUUCCUCCAAAAGGGUUUUAGUCAUUUCUAGAUAUCAUUCCUCACUUUUUAUUAAAAAAAGCACAUCAAGAAUGAGUCGUUUUACAUUUUAAGUGUUAUUUUAGAUGCAGCAAAAAACAUGUCAUUAGCUUAAACGUAGAUAACCUGCUGACUAACCUGGUUAUUUGAUUUUACGUGUUUUAAGGAAACACAGCCAUACAUAUGGAAGAAGAACUAAGUAAAAUCUUCACGAAUCAGGUCAGGUAGACGGUUUAAAUGUGUGAUAAGUUAGUAAUAGUGAAAUCAUUUGAGUUUUGUGAGUGGAAAGACAUUAUUUCAAUAUUCCUGUGAUUUAUGUGAUGAAGUCAUUCCUGUCAUUUUUUCUGAAACACUUUUCUGUUUCACUGUAACAUGUGGCUAUAUCUUAUGCCGCCUUUCUCUCUGGAAUGUUCUCUCAUCAAGUCAUUGAGUGCUUGUACAGACUUAAAUAAUGAUGUGCUUGCAGUUUUUUUUUUCUUCAAGCAAAUGAUUUGUGUGUGUGUGUGUGUGUGUGUGUGUGUGUACUACUUUGAGAAAAUGUUACAUGUACAGAAUACGCUGAGAAUAUACACACUGACAUGUUCAAACCAUUUCAAUAUUUCAAUUGGGACUCAGUGAGAAUUUUUGCCACCAUCACAGUCCGUGAAUAUGUAGUUUUAUAAGAGUUUGAAAGGAUUAUGUAAUAUAUUUUUUUAAACGACAAAGCUUGUUCCCUCACCAGUGCUCCAAAAGAUCUGUCUAAAUAAAAUGAGAUAAGCUAGUGUACCCAUAAAGUCUGAGAGUCAGAGGUGAGGCAAAAUAAUCUCUAUAUGCAAGUCUAAAUCAGAGCAAAUACCUCUGAACUAUUGAACCUUUUGACAGCAUUAUAACUCUCUCCAUCUGUCGCUCUUUCGUUAGACACGAUAUUGGAAAUGCAAGCCAAAGACUGGAAAACAGACCCCUUCAUUCUCUUUGGUGUGCAGUAUCACACAUGCUGCAUUCAGUUCUGAAUAUCUGAACCAAAUAAACAUUUUCGCUUGAUUUUGGAAAA